CACAUGGCUCGAACAGUCCAUCGUCGCCUGACGGGUACCCGAAGAUAGAUAGAUAGAUAGAUAGAUAGAUAGAUAGAUAGAUAGAUAGAUAGAUAGAUAAAUCAACCGUCAAACUUUACAUGGACGCCUUGGACGCGUACGAAGCCAAAGUCCGGCGGCGGCACGAGCGCCGAUCCAGAGCCCUCGCGCGCGCCGGCAAGAAGCGACAAGAGCAGCGGCGACGCGACGCCUCGGAAGAACGACGUGCAGAAGCCUGCGCGAACGAGGCCAUGGCCUUCGAGGACGCGGCGUCGGUCGCCUGGAACUGCGCGCUUGAAGCGCAAGCCAAGCAACGCGCUCAUGACGCGGCGAUCGCAAGCUUUCGCGAGGCCACACGCUUGCGGAAACGUCUGCAGACGUAUCACCUCGACGUGCACACGGGGAGCGCCGACUCGACGGCGAGUCGCAUCGACGAGUUGCAGCGGCGCGUCACCGCCCAUGAUGCGCGACUGGCAUCGGCUGCUGUCGCCCAAGCGCGUCUGGCUACGGUCGCGCAGCACCACGCAGCCAAGAGAACCGAGAUUGCACUUGCGUCGAGCGGCGUAUGGACCCAGAAGAUGGCGGCGGCCCUGCGCGAGGCCAACUGCGACGCCUUCGAGCAUCUCAUCGCGCACGGCGCCGAUCCGGACUCGGAAGCGCACGGCGUGACGCCGCUCAUCUGCGCAAUCGCGACCAACCACUUGGCCGUGGCGCGGGCCGUGCUUGCGCUCGGCGCCGACCCCGGCUUUGAGACGAGCGACGGCAAGACGGCGCUGCUCGUAGCCAUUGUCGCCGACGACCUCCACGCGCUAGCGCUCUUGCCGCCCACAUGCUUUGCUCACGCGACGAAAUUCGGAGCCACUGGCAUGCUCGUGGCCUGCGAGAAGGGGCGCGUCGCCGUCGUCGAGCGUCUCCUAGCGCUGUCGCCCGACCUGGUGAAUGCACCCAACGCGCUUGGCCUGACGCCGCUCAUGGUCGCAGCCAAGCACAACUUUUUGUCCCUAAUACGCGUGCUUUUAACCUGUGGCGCGACGCCGACGCUCCAAGCACGUAAUGGUGAUACGGCGGCUACGUUGGCCCACGCCGCGGGGUUCCUUGGCGCUGCGGCCCUGUGUAGCAGUAGCUGUGCACUGGACGCCAAGCGCGAGGCCAAAGACAUGGCGGCGACAGAGCUCGGGCUUGCACGCGCCUUGGACGCGGCGCCCAUUCCCUCCAUCUUUGCGUAUCUGCGAGCGCAUACGACGGCCAGUCCGCGCUACGAGUCACCCGUCGGCGACAUGCUUUUGCACGUGUGCUGCGCGCGGGGGACGAGCAACGACGUCCGAGCUGCCCUUUCGCUCUGUCCGUGGUUUCUGCCCAACCGGUUUGGCCUCACCGGCGCCAUGAUUGCGGCUCAGAAUGGCCGUCUGGACGCUCUCCACGAGCUCGUCGCGGCUGGCGCCGACUUGAACCAGCCCGAUUUCCUUGGCCGCGACUGCUUUUACCAUCUCCACGCGCAUGGCCACGAUCAACUCGCUGCCAAUUUGGGCAAGCUCGAGGAUGCUACGCAGCAGCUCGAGACGCUCUUCAGCAGCAUCCGCACCGACGUCGACGAUGACGUGGCCUUUCUUGGGCAUAUUUAUCUCGAACACGCGCGCGUGCUUGCGGUGGCAGCCCGGAACGAGACAGUGGUGGCGAUUCAGCGGUUCGAACAGGCGCUGGCGCUUCUCUGGACGCACGUGGCCAUGGACGACAGCCAUCUCUGCGUCGGCCUCGACGACUACCACCGCUUCUUGAUAGCGCAGUCAGACUACACGGCGUGCGUAGAUCUCGCCCAGAAGACGCUGCAGCGCCGCCUCGGCCGGCUGCCGGCCACCCAUGCGCUCGUGCAGCAAGCCGUCGACAAGCUCGACGACGCGAUCGGAGCCCGCGAGCGCGCAGCGAUGCGACAGGAAGACAAGGCGGCGCCGAGCCGCGCCAUGCUCUUGCUCGUGUUGCGCUCGGACGACAGGUUUCGCGCCUUUUGCGCGCGUCGCGGAAAGGACGCCCACGUCGACUUGUGGCGCGCGAUCGACGCACUUGACCCGACGGAGCGCAGUCGCCCGAUCGGGUUUGCUCUCUACAGCCAAUUCGUGACGACCAAAAAAGUGCUUUGCCUCCCGUCCAAAGUGCAGCUCCGACUAUUGGCGCACGUCGACCACUCGGUGGCCGCGGCCGACGGCAGCCGCCGGGACAAACCGCUCGUGAGUGUGUUUGCCAAGACCAAGCGGAUUCUCUUCGAGUACCUCUACAGUACCGCGUACAUGGCGUAUGCAGCAACAACGACGAGGACGACAACACCGUAG